UUUUUGUAUAAAUUCUGCAAAUGGAAAUCGAAAAGUACACGACAUUCAAUUCAGUGCAGAAAGUAUCUGUUUUAAGCUCAUAAAUGAUUAUUGCAUCAGUUUAGUUUUGUGUAUAUUGUUUUAUUCCGUGUAUUUUAGUCGGAAUUUUACAUAAUAGUAUACAUGAACUAAAUGGAAUUGAAAAUAAAUUGGAUUAAGCCCCAAACCGUUUCCCUCAAGAGCAGAGGAGCCUUUGCCCAGCUGUGAGGUAUUUAAUGGGCUAUUAUUUUAUAAAAGAAUUUCAACAUGAAUACAAGUGAUACAAAAGAUCAAAAAGAGUUUAUAUCAAGAUUUUAUCAAACCCAAUUAGAAGAGAUUGCAGUUAGAAAAAAUACUAUAAUAUUUUUACCUACAGGUUCUGGUAAAACUUUUAUUGCUAUAAGACUGAUAAAAAGAUUACGAGAUACAUUAAAGAAACCAUGGGGAGAGGGAGGAAAAAGGUGUUUUUUUUUAGUGAACACAGUUCCACUAGUGAUGCAACAGACAAAUAUGAUUAAGCUAUUAUGUCCAGUUGAUGUUAUUGGAUACAGCAGUGAGGACAAUGUAGAUUACUGGGAUAAGAGUAAAUGGGACCUCGAGUUAUCCAAGUAUCAGGUAAUUGUAAUGACAAGUCAGAUCCUCAGUGACAUGCUCACUCACAGAUAUAUAUCAGUUGGGGAUAUAAGUCUGCUUAUAUUUGAUGAGUGUCAUCAUGCGGUUGAUGAUCACCCAAUGAGGUCGGUGAUGAAACAUUUUGAAGUUGUUCCGAAAAAUAAACAUCCAAGGGUUCUGGGUUUAACAGCAACGCUGCUCAAUUCAAAUGUGAAAUUAAAUAAAGUUGAGGAAACAUUGCGCAAAUUGGAGGCGACGUUUCAAGCUACGAUCGCUACAGUCAACGACAUGGGAGAAGUCGCUAUCUAUUCAACAAAUCCUCACGAAUCUGUGCAGUACUACAGAAUGCCGAGCCUAACGGAUGCCGCCCAAGAAGCUAUAACUCUCCUCACGGAACUCCAAGCGAUCGUUAUGGUCAUAAAACUGCCUACGAAGGACUUGAAAUCGGAUUUGAAACUGAAACCUUGGCAAACGGAUAUAUCUAGUAAUCCGUCAAAAAUAACAAAAACCAUAAAGAACAUGAUUGAAUCUAUGAUAUUAACAAUCAAAGAGUUUGGCGUGUAUGGAGGUGCCUUGGGUAUUCUUGCGUACAUCAUUACUCUGGAGCGAAAUAAGCGCCGGGCAAUCACUGAGGAUGAGGAGCUGCUGUACACCAUCGCUGUGACACAUUCUGUUGAGGCAAGAGCGGUUUUGUUACAAUCAAUGUCAAACGAUUCCGGCUAUAGUAAAAUUGUUCGUCAUUCUUCGGAAAAAGUGUUACAACUUUUGAAUAUUUUAAAAGAAUACAACCCGAAAACCUGUUCAACUGAUGGCGUGACCUUUAAAGUAAAUCUCAAGCGGGCGGCACUAUCCGGAAUUAUUUUAACUCAAAAGAGACAUACGUCCAAAGUACUCUAUAAUCUUCUAAAGGAUGUGAGGGAAACUAAUCCUACCGAAUUUGGUUUUCUGAAACACGAUUACAUCGUUGGGUUUAAUAUAAAUCCUCUCACUAAUACCAGAGAACAGCAUUACACUAAAAAGCUGAGCCAGCAAGCGCUUUUGAAGUUCAAGAAUGACGACCUGAACUGCGUGAUCUCCACGAGCGUGCUGGAGGAGGGCGUGGACGUCCCGCAGUGCUCGCUCGUGCUGAAGUUCGACGUGCCGCUGGAGUACCGCUCCUACAUACAGAGCAAGGGACGCGCUAGAAGCAAGGAUUCGAGCUUCGUGUUGUUUGUGGAUGAAGCGAACAAAAUUAAAUUUCAACAGCAAUAUUUAGAAUUUCAAAAGAUUGAACAAUAUAUAGUCGAUAUGCUUUACGGAAAAUCUUCUCAAAGAAACGCUCCCACCGAAGACGACAUUCAGGAGAACCUCUACGAGGUCGACGACGUCCCGCCGUUCAUCACUAAACACGGAGCUCGGCUGUCAGGAGCGUCAGCGAUAAGCCUGUUGAAUCGCUACUGCUGCUCUCUGCCGACCGACCACUUUACGGUUCUGACGCCGAUGUGGAUACUCGAGAAAGUGGUCUCCCGAGACACCGAGCUCCCGCUCAUCACUGUCAUCAUGCCCAUAUCGUGCCCGGUUAAGGAUCCCAUACAAGGGAAACCUUCAGCGAGCUUGAGAUCGGCCAAGCGCUCGGCGGCGCUGGCCACGUGUGAGAAGUUGUAUGAAGCGGCCGAGCUGGACGAGUUUACUUUGUUACCGCGACUGCACGGCAAAACAGAUUUUAACUCGGACGAAGUAAAAGUAUGUUUUCUUAAUUGGCGCGAUGAGAAAGACGACGACUCAAAUGACAUACCGAAGCCGGGGACUAAGAGCAGAGUGCGGAAACAUCCAAAAACGUAUCCCAAGUGUCUGAAUGGUCCCGUAUCUUUGAAGAAUAAGCAGGCGUUCUACUUGCACAUUAUAAAUCUAAAAACGGCCUUCGAGGAGCCGAAAGAUUCUCGCGACCGAGCUCUGUAUAACCUGCUACAGACUAAAGACGGUUAUGGCUUCCUGACGUUGCAACCGCUGCCGGUCUUGUGUAGCUUUCCAAUGUUCCUGACGGUAGGGGAGGUUAAUACGAAGCUGGACGUGAACUAUGCCAAGAUUGUGCUGGAUUCUGCGUUAUUCGCACUCGUUAAACAGUUUCAUUUGUUCGUUUUCGAUCAAGUUCUAGAAGUUGCGAAGAAGUUCGUCAUAUUUGAUGGACAAAUUAACAAUCUCUUCGUCGUUCCGAUAACAGACAAAGGGGAGGGCUAUGACAUAGACUGGACUGUGAUGCAGACUUAUAAUGAGAUACGUCCUGUCGCUGUACCGACCGUGAAGGAAAGAAUGUCUCUGAAUGUCACGAGAGAAACGUACCUCAAUUCAGUCGUCACUCCUUGGUAUAGAGGAAGCAUUCUGCCCGACAGGUACAUAGUGUCCGACGUACUCGAGUACAUGACGCCGCAAUCUCGCUUCGACUGCGACACCUUCGAAACAUUCGAAGACUACUACCUCAUCAAGUACAACCUGGAGCUCUUCGGGAGCAAAGACCAGCCCCUGCUCGAGGUGCGCAACAUCAGCUCGCGCAUGGCGUGCCUGCUGCCGCGCGCGGCGUCGCUGGGCACGCUGUCGGACAAGCAGCGCAAGCUGGCGGCGCAGGCGCAGGGCGACGACCGGCCGCGCGGGUUCGCCGAGGUGUUCGUGCCCGAGCUGUGCGUGCAGUACGCCUACCCCGGCCACCUCUGGUACAAGGCCGUGCUGCUGCCCAGCAUCGUGCACAGGGUAACCAUGCUUUUGACAGCCGACGAACUUCGUACUGAAAUCGCUACAUACAUGAAAAUCGGACAGACGGCUUUACUAAAAGGGGAAGAAUGGCUGCCGAUACAAGUGGAUCUACCGAUCGCUAUAAAGUCACUACUGUCAAAUAUAGACGAGCCCGCAGCUAUACCCAGUAUUGACAGAAUUAAUAAUCCAAUCGAUGAAACUGUCCAGAAGCCGGUCAAUAUAAUGUCCGUAAAGGAAAGCGUCUACCAGCUUCAAAAAAAGAAGAUCAGCAAAGAAUAUCCAUGGGAUGAAAGCAAGGAGCCGAUCGACAUCGAUCGCAACCUGUCCACGGUCACCGUCAUGGACGUCGAGUGCUACGACACGUUCGUCACGGCGCCGCUGUUCACGGUGGGCGCGGCCGACCCGGCGGCGGCGCCGGCGCCGGCCCGGACGCUGCCGGCCGCCGCCGCCAUACUGCCGCCGCCUCACAAGUUCGUGGAGCGGCUGGCGCUGCUGCGGGCGCGCGGCGGGCCGCAGCUGCGCGGCGUGCUGGGCGCGCUCACCACCAUCGGCGCGCACGACAGCUUCAACCUGGAGCGCGCCGAGACGCUGGGCGACGCCUUCCUCAAGUUCGCGGCCGCGCUCUACCUCUUCCACAAGUUCCCCGCGCUCGACGAGGGGCAGCUCACCGGCCUCAAGGGCCGCCUCGUCGGGAACAGGAACCUCUACUACGCGGGUGAGCGCGUGAAUCUGGCCGGACGGAUGAAGGUGGACCAGCUGAGUCCCAGGAGUGACUUCGUAGUUCCCGGCUUCUCCGCUCCGAGGGAAGUAGCAGACUUCAUUGAAAAACACCAAAUCCGGCCAACCUUCAUGAUAGGCAUGCAGUUUCCUCAAGCGGACGCUUUGAGCGGGAAACUGUCGCCUGAAAGUAGAUCAGUGAUGGAGCAGCGCUUCGCCGACUGUGACAGGACAGCUGAACACGAGCCCCUGGGCCGAGCCCAGAAUGCGAUGCAAUGCUAUAUAAACAAACAAGCCGUCUCGGACAAGUCUGUGGCUGACUGUGUGGAGGCUCUGAUAGGAACAUACCUCUUAAGUGGAGGGAUACCAGCGGCGAUUGACUUCUUGGAAUGGACGAAGGUGUUGCCUCCAGAGGAUAACGUGAAACAGUUUCUCCAUAAGAAAGUGAGCACGGUGAUAACAGAGAAGAAGGCGACGGAACAGGAAAUCGACUGGCUGCUGAAUAAUUGUCGGAAUGACAUUGAAAAUAUUAUUGGCUACAAAUUUAACGACCCAGCCUUUUUACUGGAGGCUCUAUCUCACGCUUCAUACAUACGGAACCGGCUCACGAACUCCUACGAACGCUUGGAAUUUCUCGGCGACGCCAUAUUGGAUUUCCUAAUAACUGCGCAUAUUUUUGAGAAUUUCGGCAAACUAACGCCGGGAGAUCUAACCGACCUGCGAUCGUCUCUCGUGAACAACGUCACAUUCGCCUCCUACGUCGUCAAGCUGGGAUUGCACAAAUUCCUGUGUUUCCAAAUGAACCCGGUGCUGGAGACGUCGAUCAAGACGUUCGUGGAGCACCAGGCGGAGCGCGACCACGAGAUCGUGGAGGACGUGCUGUACCUCAUCGACGAGGAGGACUCCAACGUGGCGCAGUACAUCGACGUGCCCAAGGUCCUCAGCGAUAUAUUCGAAGCACUAGUCGGAGCGAUAUACUUGGACAGUGGAGGCGAUCUGAACACGGUGUGGUCGACGGUGUACAAGAUAAUGUACAAGGAGAUAAACAACUUCGCUAUGUGCAUUCCGAAGCAACCGGUUCGAGUCUUGAUGGAGAUGAUCCACGCUUGUCCGAGUUUCGGGAAGCCGAAGGUGAGCACCGCAGCGCUGCGGAAGGUGAUGGUGCCCGUGAACUUCUCGAAGGAGGGCCGGCAGCACACCGCGUUCGGCGUCGGCGCCAACGCGGCGCAGGCCAAGCGCGCCGCCGCCAAGCUGGCGCUCAAGAUCCUCGCCGCCUAGCGCGCCGCCCGACGCAUUCUCGAAUCUCAUCUCGCUCGCGCUGCCUGCGCCCGAACGAGGAGUGAAGUCGAUUCCGACGGCAGGAGGAGUGCGGCGGUCUCGAUCUGUAGCGAUCUAUGCGCAUUCGUGAAAACACCUUUUGAGCGUCGGUCAAACUUUUAUCGAAAUUUUUUGAAGUAGGAGUGGACGUCGGUGGUUAAGUGAGGUGGUGUCGUCCUGUAAUUGAAUAUAUUUUAAUCGAGAACUGUGUGUAGUGCGUGAUUGAGUGUUUCUCGGAGAUAUUUGUCGAUUUCGUGAGCCGCUUUUUAUCUUGGUUUAGAUUUCACAUGAUAAAUUUAAAUUAAAGGGCGCUUUAAAUGAACGAUAAAUACCUCUCUGACUAUUGCAGAUGAGGUAACACGUAUUAACAUUGACAGUUCGCAUGAAGUGUGUUGUUUUUUUUUCAUAAGUAGGCGGACAGAAUAACGCCAUAUGAAAAUUUAACCAUUUCUUACAUAACAAAUGCCACCGACCUUGGGAACUGAAAUGUUAUGUCCCCUGUGCCAGUAACGUUGGCUCACUCGCCCUUCAAACCGGAACACAACAAUACUCACUAUAGCAGUGAAAUAUCUGAUGGUGGUACCUACCCAGACGGGCUUGCACAAAGGCUAACUACCAUGGCGUAUUUACUGAAGUUGUUUAAUAAAGUAGUUCAUUAAGAUCAAUAGAAAUUGCAAAAUACUAGCUACGUAUCAUAAGUAAGAUGAUUUGUUAGGGCUGUGGUUACAUAAUGUGAUUUGGAGGAAUUUAAACGUCGUCGUAUAUAACGAAGUGUACGAUUUUCUCACUGUGUAACUAGAGCCUAAUAGGUGAACAAAUGCAUCUGCUUUGAGUCGCUACCCUCAGUUAGUCAACCUGAGGUUUGUUAAUUCUACUCCUCCUGCCAUUGGAAUGUAUUUUACUUUAAAGAAAAAUCCUUUCGCAUUUGUAUUAUAAGUAGAGAUUAAAAGAAUGAUAUAUAUUUUUAGAGUAAGGUUCAUAAUGAUUUUACUAUUAUAAGACCUACCAUAUAAGAUAUUACCAGGGUAGAAAGUAAUUUAAAAAUGAUUUCAAAAUAAAUGUCUAGUUCGCAGUUAAAUUUGGAAAUACUUGCAUAGGAUAUUAAUCCGUGUCGUGUUAUAAAUAAACAGCAUAAUCGUAUUCCCGACAAAUACUUGGAAAUGUGUGGCGUUAAUUUCGUAAAUACGAUUGCACUCCUUAUUUAUAUGUAGAUAUGGGUCGAUUUCCGUUACAAGCAAAGCGAAGUCCCGUUAAAGAAAAUACGUCUAAUCAUUAAAUUCCCUUCGUGUCUUCGCCAUUCGCAGAUAUAGCGAUAUCAUUCCUCGUCACAGAAGGUCACAAAGCAAUUAAUAUUCUAUUUAUUUAUAAGGUCUAAAUUUAUUGAACAUAUUUGAAAUUGUUUAACUAGUUAAAUAUUAUUUGAAUUUUGUUAUAAAUUGUAUACAUAUUGUACCAAAUAUUUUUCUAUUCUAAUACAAAUAAGACGUAUUAAACUAUUCA